AUGGCGUCCGCCGCUCGCGGCGUGAAGCAGAAGGACGGCGUGCCGACCGCGGGCGCCGUGACGAUGAUCAUGCAGGCGCACGAGGUCGAGAAGCGCGCCCACGAGCCCAUCAAGGGCAGCCCCAUGGACCGCGCCGAGUACCUCACCUGGGUCUUGCUGCUCAUGGACAUCCUGUCCGUCGUCGUGUCCGUCGCGUCCGUCGAGGCGGGCUGGAACGGCGUCAACUACGCGCGCACGGGGCUCACGGACGGCCUGCGGGGUUUGCUCUGCUGCCUGAGCGGCGUCUCCGCGGGCGUCAUCUGCCGGCGCUACUACAUCCUGGCGGACGAGUCCGACCCCGAGUACGACGUCGACCACCGGCCGGACGGUCUGAUCUUCGUCGUCGAGCUGCUCAUGCGCCUCUUCGUGAUCCCGCCGGGCGUCGAGGCCGUCUUCCGCGUCGGCGGCGUGCAGCACUACGCGGACCGCUACCCCGUGUCGAACCUGAACACGGCCGUGUUCCUCCGGCUCUACACGAUCGUGCACUACUCCAUGCUCCAGUCCAUCUACGACGACGACCACGUCGUCGCCGUCGCGCGCAUGAACAUGGUGCGCAACGACACGGCCUUUGUGUGCAAGUGCCUCUUCCGCGGCGCGCCGUCGCGGAUCAUCCUGUUCUGGAUGCUCAUGAUUUUGCUCUGGGGCACGGUGAACCUCCGGUGCUGGGAGCGCACGCUCGGCAUGGCCGACGACGCCGACGACUUCGAGGAGGUGCUGCUGGACUUCGCGGGCCACGAGAGACAGGACUACUUCCACGGCGUCGGCGACGGCGUGCCGAACUGGUCGAACGCGGUCUGGUGCAUCUACGUGUCCAUGACGAGCGUCGGCUACGGGGACUACUACCCCAAGACCCACCUGGGCCGCCUCACCGUGGGCGUCUGCGUUUUAGCCUACACCGUGCUCCUGUCGCUCCUCAUCGGCUUCUUCUCCGAGGCCGUCUGCAUGGACUCGGGCCAGACGAAGGUCUACGAGUACGCGCACAGCGACAAGUACUACAAGAAGAUGCAGUCGACGGCGGCGGCGCUCCUCGCCGAGUUCUUCACGGCCCACACCAUGUUCAGCGCCCUCCAGAUCCGCGGGCCGCCCAAGGGCUUCGGCCGCAUCACGAUGAAGGGCGUCACGGGCAUCGCGCGGCUCAAGUCCGUGAAGAACCGCAAGGAGCUCGCGGGCCUGCUGGGCGAGAGACAAUUCUUCUACAAGGAGCGCCUCGCGACGCUCGCGACGGAGGUCACGGGCUGCACGGUCGAGGCCCACGCGAAGUUCCGCCGCGCUUUGAAGGCCUACAACGACAUCCGCGAGCGGUCCGCGCCGAGCAACAUCGAGUCGAACCUGAUGACCGUCGUCUCCAUGCUCCACGACCAGAACGACUCCCACUCCGUGCUCGCCGCCGAGCUCAAGCACAUCUCCGAGUGCAUGGAGCUCAUCCAGGGCCGCGUGGACCGCAUGGAGGCGGGCUUCAAGGAGACCGGAGAGAUGGAGAAGGAGCGCAAGGGCCUCGCCGUGUUCAAGAAGAAGGAGAAGGGCAACCUCGCCUCCGACGCCUACAUCCACCGCAUGAUCCACCGCGUGAAGCUCAAGCGGGCCGCGAACGCCGUCAAGCAGUUCCAGAUCCAGUCGACGGUGCCCAAGCUCAAGAACACGACGGACGGCCGCGAGUGGGGCGUCAGGUCGGCGCCGGAGAACUACGAGAAGCGCAAGAAGUCGGUGCACCAGCUCCGCCUGAGCUCGCGCGGCUCCGUCAUCCGGCGGCCGUCCCAGGCCAACGGCGGCGCCGCGUCCGCCGCGGUCGCCUACCUCGGCGGCGGCGGCGGCGGCCGCGUCGCGCCCGCGGGCGAGGCCAAGGAGGACGGCGACGUCGCCGCCGCCGCGACCAGGACCAAGACGGAGACCUGGGCGAGCGCGCCCGCCGUGCCGCAGGCGCCGUCGUCGCGGCACGCGUCCGUGAACAGGGCCGCGGACGAGCCCGGCGCGCAGGAGCCGCAGAGCGGGCCCUCGCGGUGCUCCGCGCAGCUGUCGAAGGCGGCGCACGGCGCGCGGCCGUCGCCGCAGCAGUAG